GAGCACAGGUGAGCUGCUGGUUGCAGGUCAGUAAGUGUCGUGCCCCUUUAUUACUAGUUUUGUCUGUAACCACAACACCACAUCUGACAUUGAAAUUAAAUUAAAUUAAAGAUGGGGGAGAGGUUGCAAAGUCAAAAAAGCUUUGUUUGCUCUUUUUUUGAUUGUAAAGCUACGUUCAGUAAGUCAUGGAAGCUAGAGGCUCAUCUUUGCAAACACACAGGAUUGAAACCGUUCUCCUGUGAGAACUGUGACAAGAGCUUUUGCACUCGUUACCAACUCACCAGACAUGAGCUCAAUCACAGUGGGGAAAAACCACACAAGUGUCUGGCUGAUGGAUGCUCUGAGGCCUUUGUCACAAACACCAGCAUGAAGAACCACAUGGCUCGAGUUCACCAGCACCAGGAGAAGCGAUAUAAAUGCGACCAUCAGGGCUGUGGGAAGGAUUUCAACAAGAGGAACCGACUGAAAGCACAUACGUGUGAGCACCAACAGAUUCUGCCAUUUCAUUGUACUUUCAGUGGUUGCACAAGAGAAUUCCCUUCUCAUGGAAAACUGAAGCAUCAUGAGAAACUGCAUCAAGGUUACCCCUGUGAGAAUGAAGCGUGUCCUUUUCAGGGAAAGACGUGGACCGAAUAUCUGAAGCACAGAAAAGAACAUAAAGUCAAGGUGCCGUGUGGAGAGUGCAAAAAGCUGUUUAACAACGCCUGGUUCUUGCAGCAGCAUGAGCUGCGUGUCCACUCCGGGGGGGAGAAGAGGAAGCUGUCGUGCCCCAGGAGAGGGUGUGCUAAAAAGUUCACUCGUCGCUUCAACUUGGAGAGUCACGUACUGGGAGACCAUGAGGGCAAGAAGCCCUUUUGCUGUGUGUUUGCUGGCUGUGGGAAGAGCUUUGCCAUGAAGGAAAGCCUGUGGCGACAUGCAGUGGUGCAUGACCCAGCAAAGAAAAAGCCGACGAAACUGCAUCCUAAAAAGAACCAGCCCUGGCAUCUGGCACAGAAGGUCAAUCUGGCAGCUGCAGCCAAUCAAGCGGAGACCAACAAGCUUACUGCGAAGCUGCGCAACACAACUUUAAAGGAUAACAAAUCUUGAGGCUGCAUUAUAUUAAAAAAAAAAAUGGCUUGUAAAUGUUCAUUAAUGGUGAAGCAAAUCACAAUGUUUCUGUUGAUAUCCUUUGUUUAUGCAAAUAAGAAAAUAAAGCCUCAUUAAUACAGCACUA